UCACAGAAGAAAAAGAAAAAGAAAAUCUACAACAAUGGCAACACCGCUCCUCGGACCACCGGAGAUCCGCCUCCCCAUUAUCACCACCACAACCGCUACCACUGCCAAUCCUCCGAUGGGUUUCACAGAAAACAAUUCCGCCACCUACUUGGCCACGGGAAACCCGUGCCUCGACUUCUUCUUCCACGUGGUGCCCGACACUCCACCGGAACAAUUGGUGGAGAGAUUGCUUAAGGCGUGGGACCACGAGGCCUUGACGUCUCUAAAACUAGUGUGCAACCUACGGGGCGUGCGCGGGACCGGGAAGUCCGACAAGGAAGGAUUUUACGUGGCGGCGUUGUGGUUGCACAAGCACCACCCGAAAACCCUAGCGUGCAACGUGAAGGCCAUAGCGGAGUUCGGGUACUUCAAGGACAUGUUGGAGAUUCUUUACAGGUUGCUCCAAGGACCGGAGAUCCGGAAGAAGGAGAAAUCCGAGUGGCAGGGCAAGAAGGGAGAAGUGAUGGAUCGGAACCCGGGUCGGAAGAAGAGGAAGGCGACGGAGGAUAAGGAGACAGUGCAGGGUUUGAGGUUGGAGAGGACGGUGGCAAGGGCCAAAAAGGCUUUUGAAAGGUAUAACCGCGAUCCAGACUACCAGUUCUUGCAUGACCGCGUGUCGGAUCUCUUUGCGGAGCUUCUGAGAUCCGACAUGGAGUCUUACAAUGCCGGGGAGCUUUGCAAAAUCAGCCUCGCGGCGAAAUGGUGUCCCUCUCUCGACUCCUCCUACGACCGAGCCACACUGAUGUGCGAGCGUGUUGCGAGGAAAGUAUUCCCGCGAGAAGAGUACAUAGAGUACCAAGACAUCGAAGAAGCUCACUAUGCUUAUAAGGUUCGAAACCGCCUCCGAAGGGAAGUACUUGUCCCUCUCCACAAGGCCCUGGAAAUACCGGAAGUCUACAUAUGCGCAAGCAAAUGGAAGUACCUCCCGUACAAACGCGUCCCCUCGGUCGCGAUGAAGCUCUACAAGAAGUUGUUCUACAAGCACGACAAGGAGCGAUUCGAGGAGUAUUUAGAAAAUGUGAAGAGCGGGAAGAGCACAAUCGCGGCCGGGGCACUGCUUCCCCACGAGAUCAUCAAGUCCUUGGACGACGAGACCAGUCCAGAGGUGGCGGAGCUCCAAUGGAAGCGGAUGGUGGACGACAUGGCGAAGAAAGGCAAGUUGACGAAUUGCAUGGCUAUUUGCGACGUAUCGGGGAGCAUGCAAGGGAUCCCCAUGGAAGUCUCUGUCGCCUUAGGGCUAUUGAUAUCCGAGCUAAGCGAAAAGCCGUGGAGAGGGAAGCUGAUAACAUUCAGCGCGAACCCACAACUUCACAAGAUCAAAGGCGACAGUCUUCAAUCCAAGACGGAGUUUAUCCGGGAUAUGGACUGGGGGGUGAACACGGAUUUUCAAAAGGUUUUCGACAGGAUCUUGGAAGUCGCGGUGAAGGGGAAACUAAGCGAAGAUGAGAUGAUAAAGACGCUUUUCGUUUUCAGCGACAUGGAGUUCGAUCAGGCCUCGAGGACUUAUAAUGGCUCGGGGUAUGGUCGGGCCUCGACUAAGAACUGGGAGACCGAUUAUACGGUGAUUGAGAGGAAGUAUAAGGAGAAGGGGUACGAAAAGGUGCCGGAAAUAGUGUUUUGGAACUUGCGAAACUCUGUUGCCACGCUGGUGCCUAGCAAACAGAAGGGCGUGGCGCUAGUAAGCGGGUUCUCGAAGAAUCUCGUGACUUUGUUUUUGGAAGGGGGAGGGAUUUUGAGCCCUGAGGCUGUGAUGUUACAAGCUAUUCGUGGUGAAGAAUAUCAGAAGCUUGCGGUGAUUGAUUAAGGCAAAAACGGACAGAGAGUGAGAGAGAGUAUGUGUAAUAGAACUUGUAGAAAUCAAGAAUUUCAAAUAGUAGUUAUUACUCCAAGUUUUACCAAUCCCAUCGGGAUUAGUCGAAGUACGAGUAAGCUAGGCCCGACACCUGGUUAUCAGAAAAAAAUACUUUUAGUAAUGUUAGUUGGGGGAACAUGUACUGCUUGCAUAAAUUUAUUUAGCAAUGUUAGGUGGAAAGUACCAUUCCAUGUCAGGGCCUCUU